UGCUUUUCAGAAAAGAUUUGGGUUCUAUUGAAUCGUGGGGGAGAGUUCUGGUAAAAUGUCUUAGAAAGAGGCAACGCACAAAGCAGCUUUUUUCACCAUCCCUUAAAGCAAUUCCACUCGGGGAAAGGGAAAAACAAGAAUUGCUUCCAACGGUGAAAUCGUAAAGAAAAAGUUCUCUUUUUUAUUGUUUCAUAGAUCAUCAAAAGUAUGAACUUCAUGGGCCCUUUUAAGGUCAUUGAGCCUUACAAAUUGAUUGGAGCAUCAUCUGUGGAACAAUAAUUCUAAGCUGUCUCAUUCUUCAUCCAUGUCACGUGUUGCUCGGUGACCAAAACGACUUUAGCCUUCUUCGCUUUCAAGUGGACGAAAAAUGCCGAGACCAAGUGCAAACAGAGGAGGAGAAAUGCGACAAAGGCAGUCUCCAAGGGGCCCACUUCAGCUCAGGACAUCGAGCUCCGAUUCUGAUUCAUCUCACCACCGUCCCAUUCCUGACAAAAGCCCCAAGAUAGGAGAUCGGCAGUCCCCACGGAGCGUCCAGUCUGAGCCAGUCAACCAAAGGAAGCUUGGGACACGCAUCGCUGACUUAGAGUCUCAGCUCGGGCAAGCCCAAGAAGAGCUGAAGCACUUGAAGCAGCAGCUGGUGACUGCUGAAGCUGCAAAGAAGGAAGCUCAAGCAGAGCUUCACAAGAAAGCGAAGAAAAGGAAUGUUUGCGGCCCUCAAAAAGUUUCGAAGGAAGUUGAUAAAUCGAGCAAGAGCAGGGCCAGGAGCAGCCCAUCAGAGGAUGUCGCUGAUGAUAUUCAGCGGGAAACUGAUGUUUUUGAAGUUCCGAUGGAGGAGGAGAAGGUUACCGUAGAGCCUAAGAUUGAGAAAGAAAACAGUGAAGUGGCUAAAGCAUUAGACAAAGAAAACAAAGAUUCUGACAUAUUGGAACUUGCGGAGCAAGAAAAGCAACCAUUGAAUGAACUGAAACUUAAGGACGAUGAAGUAAAUUUGCUGAAAUGCAAGUUCGAGGAAAAGGAAAAGGAGCUUGAGGAAGCCAACAAAGAGACGGAAUACCUGAAGAAGCAGAUCAGUGAAGCAGACGAGGCCAUAUCCUCUGCUCGGAGCAAAGAAGAAGAGAUGUCGCGAACGCUAAAUCAAGUGGAAGAGGAACUCAAAGAAAGCCGAGAAAGUAGCAAGAAACUGAAGGAAAAGCUUGAAGCUGUUGGAGGAGCGAAGGAAGAACUAGAAGCAGAGAUGAAGAGGAUGCGAAUUCAGACUGAGCAGUGGAAAAAAGCUGCUGAUGCAGCGGCUGCUGUGCUUGCUGCUGGGCCUGACAUGAACCAUGGGAGGAUCCCUGAGCGAUGUGGGUCGAUGGAUAAGCAUUUAGGGCCAAUGUUCGAGAUACCGAGUGGAUAUACAGGCUUUGUUGGAUCGCCUGGGAACACCGAUGAUGUGGACGACGGAUUUGGGGGAGGGAGGAGGAAAGGUGGAAUUCGGAUGUUCGGGGACCUCUGGAAAAAGAAGGGGCAGAAAUGAUCUAUCUCGCUCGGUUUGGUGUUGUGAUAAUUAUAUGCUGUUUUGUGUUUUAAUUCUGUCAUCUGUCUCGAAUGCAAGAAGUUUUUGCGCCUUCCGGGGCGGUAAUAGAUUAAUUAUGCCUGUAAAUUUGCUCGACUGAAUGGAUCAACUUUAGAUAUUUACUAAA